UUUGUGUCAAAUAUUGUUUUCAUUUGUGUUGAUAUUGUGUGGAUCAGUGAUCGUAUCGAUUGAUUGGACACUGAAUUGAGUGCCGAAGACAUGGUUUGGCCGGAACUGCCCGACAAAUACACUUACAAACCCUUGUGGUGUCCCCCGUAUCCCAUCCCAGAGGGCAUAUUCCCCAACCUCUGGUCCUUCUACACUAAAAAGGAGAUCCAAAAUGAGUUACAAAACGUACCGCCGAAGACGAGGUACUACUUCUUUGAUACCCCGGACUACGAGGACUGCCAUAAGAAGGUCUACUCGUAUGCCGUCUAUGGCGCCAAAGCAGCGUCUUGUAUCGCAAUGAUUGACGUGUUGGCCAACAAACAGUUGUCUUACAUGACAGCUGUCGGACGAAUGGCCUCUCAUUUCGGACGAAUA